AUGCCUGUUAUGAAGGGAUUGCUCGCGCCACAGAACACAUUUUUGGAUACUAUAGCUACGCGUUUUGACGGCACACACAGCAACUUCAUCCUGGCCAAUGCACAAGUGUCCAAAGGCUUCCCGAUCGUGUACUGCUCGGAUGGCUUCUGUGAGCUCACGGGAUUUGUUCGCACCGAGGUCAUGCAGCAGAGCUGCGCAUGCAAGUUUCUGUACGGGCCGGAGACCAUCGAGCACAUUAUUCUUCAUGUGGACUCUGCGCUCGAGGAACGAAGCGAGCUCAAGGAGGAGAUAAUGUUCUACAAAAAGAGUGGUAUUGUGUUCUGGUGUCUGCUGGAUAUUGUGCCUAUAAAGAAUGAGAAAGGAGAUGUGGUCCUCUUCCUAGCCUCUUUUAAAGACAUCACAGACACCAAAGCCAAAUCUGUCAUUGAGGCGAAGAAAGAAGAGUGCCGUCCUGAGCAGGUCAAGAGUGGGUCUCCAUUCGGCUCCAAUCGGCUGCGAUCGAGCACAGUUCUGUACCACAUUUCAGGACACCUGCAUAACCGACAAAAACAGAGUAAAAUUAAACUUAACAAGAAUGUGUUUGGUGAUCCACCGGCGCUCCCUGAAUAUAAAGUUGCUGAUGCAAAGAAAUCAAGGUUUAUUCUUCUCCACUUCAGUACCUUCAAAGCAGGCUGGGAUUGGCUGAUCCUUCUGGCUACAUUCUAUGUUGCCGUGACGGUGCCGUACAGCGUUUGUUUCAUUGGUGAUCACGACUUUACACGUAGCACAACAGUCACUGAUAUUGCUGUCGAGAUUCUGUUCAUCAUAGAUAUAGUGUUCAGUUUCCGCACCACGUACGUGAGUAAGUCGGGACAGGUGAUCUUCGAUGCUCGGCAGAUCUGCAUCCAUUACAUGACCACCUGGUUCAUCAUCGAUCUGGUCGCCGCUUUGCCCUUUGAUCUACUUUAUGCUUUCAAAGUCAGCGUGGUGUCAGUGGUCCACCUGCUGAAAACUGUUCGCUUGCUGAGACUCCUACGUCUGCUGCAGAAGAUGGACCGCUACUCCCAGCACAGUGCGGUGGUGCUGACCCUGCUCAUGUCCAUGUUUGCCCUGCUGGCUCACUGGAUGGCCUGCAUCUGGUACAUCAUCGGCAAGAAGGAGAUGGAGAGCAACACAGACAACUGGGAUAUAGGCUGGCUGCAUGAGCUUGGGAAGCGGUUAGAAUCUCCAUAUGAGGGGGUGGGUACGGGUGUGGUCAACGGAACUGUGAGCAAUGGACCGUCUUUACGGAGCAUCUACAUCGCCGCAUUGUACUUCACCCUCAGCAGCCUGACCAGCGUGGGCUUCGGAAACGUCUCUGCAAACACAGAUGCCGAGAAGAUCUUCUCCAUCUGCACCAUGCUCAUUGGAGCAUUGAUGCACGCUCUAGUCUUCGGCAACGUGACGGCCAUCAUCCAACGCAUGUACUCACGCUGGUCCUCAUACCACACACGCACUAAAGACCUGAAGGAUUUCAUCCGUGUGCACCACCUGCCCCAGAGCCUCAAACAGCGGAUGCUGGAGUACUUCCAGACCACCUGGUCCGUCAAUAAUGGCAUCGACUCCAACGAGCUCUUGAAGGACUUUCCUGAUGAGUUGCAUUCGGACAUCGCGAUGCAUCUGAAUAAAGAAAUCCUUGAGCUGUCAGUCUUCUCCUCUCUGAGUCAUGGGUGUCUCCGCUCUCUCUCCCUGCACAUUAAGAUGUCAUUCUGUGCGCCGGGCGAGUAUCUGCUGCGGCAGGGAGAUGCUCUGCAGGCCCUUUUUUUUGUCUGCUCUGGAUCUAUGGAGGUCCUGAAGGACAGCAUGGUGCUAGCCAUCCUCGGCAAAGGUGACCUGAUUGGUGCAAACCUGGCAGUAGACGACCGUGUAAUAAAGACCAAUGCUGAUGUAAAGGCGCUGACGUACUGCGACCUGCAGUGCAUUAAUCUGAGGGGUCUGUAUGAGGUGCUCGACCUGUAUCCUGAGUACUCUCACCGUUUCGUUCAGGACAUCACUCGCGAUCUCACCUACAACCUGAGAGAGGGACAAGAGAGCCAUGUAAUAUCAAGUAUGUCCAGUAAAUCCAUGGACACACAGAUGGAGGGGCGGGGAAAUGGAGACGUGAUCCAGUGCUAUCCAACCAUAGCUGAGCAGCAAGAAGAGGGAGAUGAUGAAGAAGACGAUCAGAUACAAUAUCUCAGUGGUGGAACCAAACAGAAAACACAGAUGCAGAAAAACGAUCACCAAACCAACAAAAAUCUCAUUCAGAAUACUACUGUCACAAAGCCUGACCUCUCAAAUCUCAGUCCAAGGGUUGUGGACGGCACAGAGGACAGUGAUGGCGCAGAAAAUUCACACAUGUUCACAUUUUCCUCCGGUCACCAGCACACAGUCAGUGGUACAACUAAUCCCACAGCAGCAGAAUUAGCAGCCAAAUCAGUGGAGACCAGGAGACAGUUAAGCCAUCUCAACCAAGAGGUGAACUCCCUGGGACGGGAGAUGGCCGAGCUAAGACGUGUCAUGCGGAGUCUUGCCUUUCUCAUCGAAUCCAUGAUGGCCUCUCCUCAAACACCUGGUGUCUGUACAUCUACAUUUACCUCGGGGCAUCCCUCCCCUCCUAUUCCCUUACAGGGCCAGGGUUCAUCUUGGAACAUCCCACCCUUUCCUUCUCCAAUGCACCCUGGAAUACAUCCAGGAGGACUUGCAUCCCAUCCAUCCAGACCACAAGAACUGCAGCUGGUCUGUCCUUCAACUUCCCUAGGUUCCUCGACUGGUUCUUUUCCUGUCACGCUUUCCACAUUCCACCAUACAGACAGGUCUAAAAAGCCCCUACUGGCCCUUUCUCCCCACAGCACAGAGGCUCGGACCCGCUCUCAGAGCUUGGAGACAACUCUUCCAGCACAUCACCAACACCUUUCACACACCCCUGGAACAUUACCCAGAGCUGGACAGCCAUCAUUAGGAGGAGAGGAUCUCAGGUCUCUGGGUUUGUAG